UGCAUACUCCGAGAGAGAGAGAGAGAGAGAGAGAGAAGGACUCUGGUAUCUGGUAGAAAGUGACGGAAGAGAGAGAGAGAAACUCUAGUUUAGUUCAUUCCGUGUUCGCGUUUAUCGUUUCCUUGUCUCUUUUACUCUUCACUCUACAGCCUACACUACCCUAUAACACCACCACCGUCUGGGUUUUCAUUCUUCUUUUUCACUGGCUCAAACCAUUUUUUUUAUUCCAUUUAUUUCGUGGUUGGUGUGGGGUACCUGAGUUUUUGACUUUAAAGUCCCCUUGUUUUUGCUCCCUCAAACAUCGUUAAAAGGUGCUUUUGUAAUUUCUCCCCAUCUUUCUUUUCUUAAACUUCACAAUUAUUGUCGUAACUAUUACUUACUCAAAGGGAACUCUCUAGUCUCUAGUACGUACUCUCAUACUCACAGCUACUCUAUCACUUUUCCCUUUAUUUUCUUCUUCUGUUCAAUAUAGCCACUCAUUUUUAGGUAGCUGAGUCUUUUUUAGAGUGUGUUUUGUAAUUUUGUUUCAGAUUUGCGUUUUGAUUCAUUGAUUCCUUCAUUUCCUUGCUGAGAGUGCGUGUGAUUUCUCUCGUCUCCUUUAGAAUUCCGAUUGGUAUUUCUAACACUGUGAAAGAAAGAGAGAUAUGGCAGGAGGUGGUGGAGCUCCAGCACCUAAGAUCGAUGAGCCACAGCCACAUCCACCGAAGGAUCAGCUACCGAAUGUUUCUUACUGCAUUACGAGUCCUCCUCCAUGGCCUGAGGCCAUACUUCUUGGUUUUCAACAUUAUCUUGUGAUGCUGGGUACAACUGUGCUAAUUCCCACUGCUCUUGUUCCCCAGAUGGGAGGUGGCAAUGAGGAGAAGGCAAAAGUUAUCCAAACUCUACUCUUUGUCGCUGGAAUUAACACAUUGCUGCAAACUCUGUUUGGAACUCGAUUGCCUGCAGUAAUUGGAGGCUCUUAUACUUAUGUUGCAACAACAAUCUCUAUUAUUCUUUCUGGUCGAUUCAGCGAUGAGCCAGAUCCUAUAGAGAAAUUCAAGAGGAUAAUGCGGGCAACCCAAGGUGCUCUUAUUGUUGCUUCAACUCUUCAAAUAGUACUAGGCUUUAGUGGCCUUUGGCGUAAUGUUGCAAGGUUCUUGAGUCCACUUUCAGCAGUUCCUUUGGUAUCUCUUGUUGGUUUUGGGCUUUAUGAGUUGGGCUUUCCUGGGGUUGCUAAAUGUAUAGAGAUUGGACUGCCAGAGCUUAUAUUACUAGUAUUUGUUUCACAGUUUGUACCCCAUGUGCUACAUGCAGGAAAACAUGUCUUUGAUCGGUUCGCUGUUUUAUUUACAAUUGCAAUUGUGUGGUUAUAUGCUUACCUGCUCACUGUAGGAGGGGCAUACAAUCAUGCUGCACCUAAAACACAGUCAACCUGUCGCACAGAUCGAGCUGGUUUAAUAGAAUCUGCCCCAUGGAUACGAGUUCCAUAUCCAUUUCAAUGGGGAGCACCUACAUUUGAUGCAGGUGAAGCUUUUGCCAUGAUGAUGGCAUCCUUUGUUGCUCUUGUAGAGUCCAGUGGAGCUUUCAUUGCUGUCUAUCGGUAUGCAAGUGCAACACCAUUACCACCAUCUAUUCUUAGUCGCGGCAUCGGUUGGCAGGGAGUUGGCAUUCUAUUAUCAGGAUUGUUUGGAACUGGCAAUGGAUCCUCUGUAUCUGUAGAAAAUGCUGGUCUUUUGGCUUUAACUCGUGUUGGCAGUCGAAGAGUGGUGCAAAUAUCUGCCGGUUUUAUGAUUUUCUUUUCAAUUCUGGGGAAAUUUGGAGCCGUUUUUGCAUCCAUUCCACCUCCAAUUGUUGCCGCACUGUACUGCUUGUUCUUCGCUUAUGUUGGAGCGGGAGGUCUAAGUUUUCUUCAAUUCUGCAACCUCAACAGUUUUAGAACAAUAUUUGUAUUAGGCUACUCCAUCUUCAUGGGCUUGUCUGUGUCACAGUACUUCAAUGAGUACACAGCAAUUAAUGGUUAUGGUCCAGUUCACACCAAAGCAAGAUGGUUCAAUGAUAUAAUCAAUGUCCCAUUCCAAUCAAAAGCAUUUGUUGCGGGUUGUGUGGCAUAUUUCUUGGACAACACACUACACAAGAAGGAAGCUGCUAUUAGGAAAGAUAGAGGAAAACAUUGGUGGGACAAGUACCGUUCCUUCAAGACUGACACAAGAAGUGAAGAGUUUUAUUCACUGCCUUUCAACCUAAAUAAAUACUUCCCAUCUGUGUAACUGUGCAGCUUAACUAAUAAAAAUAGGGGGUUUCAUUUCUUCCAAAAAAAAUGAGUCACCAGAGUCUCUGAGUGGUCGUGAUUUGACUUUUUCUGAUAUGAGAUUGGAUUUUAUUACAGGUUAUAGUUAUAAUGAAGUCCUCUUUUGCUAUAGAAUAUUCUAUAACAUUUGUUCUAUUGCUUUUCUUUCUGUAAAUGCUGACUUGGAAAGUGGAUUCACUGUAGUAAAGUGCUCAUUUUAUUUAUCAGUCAUUAUGUUCA